AUGCCGCGGCUAGAAGAGUCUCCUUCAAGAAGCCGAGCAUCCCGUGGCCCACUUGGCAUUGACGCGGGCGCGGUGAUCAAGCGCGUCAAGAGCCUGCCCAAAGAGACGUGGCAUCGCUACGAGAAGCUCGGUCCCAGAUCCAAGGCUGCUGUGUGGAUCAUUACCGCCCUUCAUUUCAUCGGAUUCGCCGUCGUGAUUUGGUUGACUCCCAGAGCAAUCGGACAAUGGUUCAAUGACUUUGCUCUUUCGGUGAAAGCUAUGGGCUGGAAAGGCGUGGUCCUGUGUAAUAUCUUUGCGGUAUUGAGCUCACACCCUCCCUUGAUCGGCUUCAUGCCCACCCUUACACUGAUUGGAUUCAUUUACGGUAUUUGGCCCGGAUUCUUGAUAGCCUUCAUCGCCUCCAACCUUGGCGCUGGUAUCGCCUUCCUUUCCGUCCGCCGAUUCUUCCUCGGUUGGAUCAAGAAGAAUGACAAGUGGGAAGCAUUCGGCCAUGUCAUGCGUGCGAAAGGCCUUCCCCUCGUCGUAAUGAUACGCUUCUGUCCGAUUCCAUGGAAUGUCAGCAACGGGCUGUUUGCUUCGAUCGAGAGUGUCAAGUUCUGGCAAUUCAUGCUUGCCAAUGUUGCGAUUCAGCCCCGCCUGUUAGUUCCGGUAUUCAUUGGCUCCCGACUCACCUCCCUCUACUCGGACUCCCCCACGGAGGACCCUCUCCGCUUCUGGAUCAACCUUGCUUCCAUCGGUAUCUCUGGUACCAUCUCUGUUGUCACUGGCUACGCCAUCUACCGUCUCACUCUUGACCAGAUGCGAAAGCUCGAUCAGGCGCGAGCAGGGGGAGGCGUUAGUGACGGAGAUGGUGAAUUGGCUGCAGAAGCUUUGGAAGGGAGGGCGUUGCUGGGAGAGUAUGACGGACAGGGGAGCGGGGAUGAGGAGGCGGAGAUGUUGACCGACCCAGAGAGUAGGGCCCGGGGGAGGGCGGCGAACGGCAAGGCGAAUGGGAGGAGUUUGAAGGUCGGCGGGAAUGUGAUCAGGAGGACGAGCAGCAGUGAGACUAGCGAUGCGAGCGAGUUGGUGUAG